GCGCGGGAGCGGGAGCGGCCCGGUGAGCCGGAGCGCACCAUGGAGGCGGCGGCAGGCAGCCGUGGGGGCUUCCAGCCGCACCCUGGGCUGCAGAAGACGUUGGAGCAGUUCCACUUGAGCUCCAUGAGCUCGCUGGGCGGUCCGGCCGCCUUCUCGGCGCGCUGGGCGCAGGAGGUGUACAAGAAGGAGAGCGCAAAGGAGGCUGGCGCGGCCGCGGUGCAGGCAGCGGUGCAGGCGGCCGCCGAACCGCCCCCCGUGCUGCACCUGCCAGCCAUCCAGCCACCGCCUCCGGUGCUGCCCGGGCCCUUCUUUAUGCCGUCGGACCGCUCCACCGAGCGUUGCGAGACCGUGCUGGAGGGCGAGACCAUCUCGUGCUUCGUGGUGGGCGGUGAGAAGCGCCUGUGCCUGCCGCAGAUCCUCAAUUCGGUGCUGCGGGACUUCUCGUUGCAGCAGAUCAAUUCGGUGUGCGACGAGCUGCACAUCUACUGCUCGCGCUGCACGGCGGACCAGCUGGAGAUCCUCAAAGUCAUGGGCAUCCUGCCCUUCUCGGCGCCCUCGUGCGGGCUCAUCACCAAGACGGACGCCGAGCGCCUGUGCAACGCGCUGCUCUAUGGUGGCGCCUUUCCGCCACCCUGCAAGAAGGAGCUGCCCGGCCCCGGCGCGCUGGCGCUGGGUUUGGAGCUCAGCGAGCGCAGCUUUAGGGUGUACCACGAGUGCUUCGGCAAGUGCAAGGGGCUGCUGGUGCCCGAGCUCUACAGCAGCCCGAGUGCCGCCUGCAUCCAGUGCCUCGACUGCCGCCUCAUGUACCCGCCGCACAAGUUCGUGGUGCACUCGCACAAGGCGCUUGAGAACCGGACUUGCCACUGGGGCUUCGACUCGGCCAACUGGCGGGCCUACAUCCUGCUGAGCCAGGACUACACGGGCAAGGAGGAGCAGGCGCGCCUGGGCCGCUGCCUGGACGACGUCAAGGAGAAGUUCGACUACGGCAACAAGUACAAGCGGCGGGUGCCCCGGGUGUCCUCUGAACCCCCGGCCUCCAUAAGACCCAAGGCAGAUGACACCUCCUCCCAGUCCCCCGCUGCCGCAGAGAAGGACAAACAAUCCAGCUGGCUUCGGACCCUGGCUGGUUCCUCCAAUAAGAGCCUGGGCUGUGUGCAUCCACGCCAACGCCUCUCUGCCUUCCGACCCUGGUCCCCUGCCGUAUCCACCAGCGACAAGGAGCUCCCCCCUCACCUCCCGGCACUGAUUCGAGACAGCUUCUACUCCUACAAGAGCUUCGAGACAGCCGUGGCCCCCAAUGUGGCCCUCGCUCCGCCAGCCCAGCAGAAGGUUGUGACUAGCCCGCCAUGUGCCACUGUCGUCUCCCGGGCUGCCGAGCCCCUCUCCGUGUCCAUCCAGCCACGGAAGCGGAAGCUGGCUGAGGAGAACCCCGUGGUCCCCGAGACCUUGGUGCCUCUUGCUGCCCCGGAGGAGGACAAGGACUCUGAGGCCGAGGUCGAAGUUGAAAGCAGAGAGGAAUGUAAGUUCACCUCCUCCCUGUCUUCGCUCUCGUCCCCGUCCUUUACCUCGUCCAGCUCCGCCAAGGACCUGAGCUCCCCCAGCGUUCAUGCCCCGCCCACUGCCAGCGCCGCUCUGGACGCUGUGGCCCACGCCGCCGAGGCCCCGGGUGGCGGGCUAGAGGCGGAGCUGGAGCACCUGCGGCAGGCGCUGGAGAGCGGCCUGGACACCAAGGAAGCCAAAGAGAAGUUCCUGCACGAGGUGGUGAGGAUGCGUGUGCGGCAGGAGGAGAAGUUGAGUGCCGCCCUGCAGGCCAAGCGCAGCCUUCACCAGGAGCUGGAGUUCCUGCGUGUGGCCAAGAAGGAGAAGCUACGGGAGGCCACAGAAGCGAAGCGCAACCUACGGAAGGAGAUCGAGCGGCUGCGGGCUGAGAACGAGAAGAAAAUGAAGGAGGCCAAUGAGUCGCGUGUGCGUCUCAAGCGUGAGCUGGAGCAGGCACGGCAGGUCCGGGUGUGUGACAAAGGCUGUGAGGCUGGCCGCCUACGUGCCAAGUACUCAGCGCAGAUUGAAGACCUGCAGGUGAAGCUGCAGCACGCGGAGGCGGACCGGGAGCAGCUUCGCGCCGACCUGCUACGGGAACGCGAGGCCCGUGAGCACCUGGAAAAGGUGGUGAAGGAGCUGCAGGAGCAGCUGUGGCCCCGGCCACGUGGUGAGGCAGCGGGAAGUGAGAGCACGGCUGAGCUGGAGCCGUAGGGACCCCUCUGCCACGCUGCGCGUGCAGGAUGGCACGUGUCGGGACAGGCGGGUGCUCAGCGCCGUGGCCGAGGAGGCACCACAGGCCUGCGUCCACACCCCCUCGGCUCACACAGCACAACGUCUUACUGUGCCUAUAACCAAGCGAGUGUUUCUAACCACAUACUUUUGGAAUCCACUGCAGAAUUUUCUACUGGCCAAUUCAAGGGAGCAAGCUGGCCUCUGGCCCCGCUGGCGACACCGGGCACCGCGGCGGCGGCUCCAGGCAGCCCUCUGCUUGCUAGGACAUUUUAACAUUUACACUUUUGUUAUAAGCUAUUUAAAACCAAUAGACUUGAUAUUCAGAGAAAUCAACACGUUUUUUAAUGACUGACUUUUGAAAGCCCCACCAACACUCGACGCCCCACCUGAAGACCCGCUAAGGAAGCCUGGGGCGGAGCCACACAGCCCGCCCGGCCCUGGGAAGCCAUCGCAGCUCAUCCCGCCCCCACAGCCAGCAAGGAGGACACCGCAGGGAUUUUCUUCAGAGUCUAUUUUUUAAGUGACAAGGACCCGGUUUUCCUGCAGCGUCAGGAAGCCUGAGGAGAGCGCCGUGCGAGAGAGAUGAGCUGCAAAACACUGCCCGCCUUACUAACGUCUGCCCUGGUCCCGCACCGUCACCGUGGCCAUCCGCACGCGUGUCCGGAACGCGCACCGAGGGGCAGAGCCCAUGGAGGGCGUCGAGUCCCCCGCACACCCACGCCCCCCACAAAGCAGCAUCGGCCUCGCAUCCGGCAUGCUGGGGUGACAGUGCCACCCGCCCAUGCCCGCCACCGUGACCACAGUGCCCCCUCAGUUCAGCAGACAUGGCUCCUCUGAGGUGGGAUCGCGGCCACACAUCGGAACAAAUGCAGCGUCACUUCAUUUCUUUUUGUCCGUCCGUCUGUUCAUUUAAACAUACUUAGAACUGCACUUUGUCAAGAAUCUUCCCUUCUCUUUUUACUUCCCCGUCCACUGAGGUUUUUCCUUUGAAAACAUUGCAAGCCAAUUUAUAGAGCAGUUCCAACCCUGAGUGCUGCAGUGCUUAGAAAUCCCCUCUGGUGCUUGGUUGAACAAGGGAAUCACAAGAAAACGAAAAUGCAAAAACUGAACUUCGGGGGGUGGUCUGUGCCUUCCAGCAUCUUGUACAGCGAACCCUGACUCGUGUCUUUUUACCCCCAAAAUACCCACCCUCAGUAUCGAUCGAAUCUGCCACACCCUCAAAAUCAGUUACUUGCAUUUAUUCCAAAUACUCUCGUUUACUCUCAACUGUUUAUGCAAAUUGUAUGAGGUUUCUGACACCCAAGCUUGAAAAGUGAGUUCCCCGUAGACAAGAGGCGGCUUCCCAUCCUGAAAUCCUGGUAUUUAUUUACAGAAGAGAUCUUACAGGAAUUCUCUGCUCGAGUCCGUUCUCACAGGGCGGCAGGUGCGAGUGUGACAGCAGGUGGAGGCCGCGUGCGUGGCUACCAGACAGCCACGAGGAGUCGCCGCCACAGCUGGCAGCAAGAAGCCAGGAGCAGAGACUGCCAAACCCCCAGCGUUUAGGUGACAGGAUCGUCUGCAGGGUCUUGGCCCUUGGUUUACUGCGGGGGCUCGGGCCUGGCCCGCCCCCUUCUAAAGUGCAAUGCAAAAGGGACAUCACAUAUAUGCAGCGUUUGUUUGGAAACUUUUUCUUUUUUACUCUUGUUUUUCUUUUGCAGUUAUUAAAUCUGUAUGCAUGGAAUUUUAAACCUCUGCCACACGUAUAUCCAUCGAUGGGCAUUAUUACUGUGUCAUGUAAAGGGUCGGUUUUGUUACGCAACACGCAGACGCUGUUCUCCACCCUCUUUUUCCAGAUUUGUGUUUUUUUCCGUCAUUUCUUCAAGGGAAACUAAAUGAUUUAGUUGGAGCAAAGCUUUACGCGUGUCAGCGUGCUUCUGUGUGGCUGGGCCGUGUUGCCGAGUGAAAACCGUGGUGAGAUCCGGGGACCCCACACAGGGUCCCCUCCAUUGGGCCUGCCGCCGCCUUGCUCUGAGUCUGUCAGCCCAGGAGAGAGUAAACUUUCCAGAGUUGUAUGUGUGUCUGCUACGCAGGGUGAAGCCUCUUCCUCCCCUUGCCUGUCCCCUCUGGCCACCUGCAUGUCUUGGCCACUGAGCCCCUGUUCCACUAGCCCAGCAAGGUCCUGGACUUCAGAAAGCGUGAACCGGAACCACCAGCGUGUCCCAAAGGGCCUGGCGGGCAUAGCCCCGGACAGGCCUAGCAGUCCACUGCGCUGCUGUCCGGGACCCCCCUUCCCUCCCCACAGCUCCUCCCUUAUCUCUUCCCAUGGGUCCCCAUCCCAGGGACGUGCAGACGGGGAGCCUAGCCCGCCCAGUACUGGGGUGGCAGGCACAGGACAUGGCACCAGGCCACAGGCCUACCUGUACCACCACUUUUUGUUUUCCUGCCGCCCUGGCCACCUCUAGGUGGGACCCUCCCCCAGGGGAGGCUGGGGGGACGCCGGGGCGUCCCGCCAACUCAGGGCCUAGCAGGGUGCUGGCUGUGGCUCGGCUACAGGGGCUGCGCUGGUUUAGGACACCCCCGGGUGCCCCAGGGCUCCCGUUAGCACAGCUGCCUUUAGUGUCUUUUCAGAAGAAGGGAGAAGAGGCAUCUAUCUUGUGGGCUGUUGACUCUCCCUCCCAGUAUGUAAAACCCAUUAUCUAAAUACUUGUGUAUUCAGCCUCAUUACCUGUUAUUUCUAUACUGAAAGAAGAGUUUUAACAAAGGGAAAAACCAACAGCAAUAACAUAUCUACGGAGCAGCUAACUCGUCCACGUAAUACCCUGCUUUUCCUACAGAACUAGCCAGUGUAAAGACAAUUAACGUGUAAAUACCUUUUUUCCUUUUACACCGUUGUAUCAUACGUGUAUAUGGUGGCUCCUUUUACAGAAACUUUUUCUUACCUGGUAGUCGUCUUGUUUUCUGAGUUGUUUUUAACUAAGGAAAGAAACAAAAAACAAACAAAAAAAUGCUUGUCUGCUAGAGGGAAGAAGAAGCCCCUUGCCAGUCCUCCACUGACUGGUGCCCCGUCCCCCACCCGGCUCACGAGGAGCCGAGCUGAAGGGGGUGUGUGCAAUACACCCUCCACUGCAGCCCCCUGCGCCUCAGCCGUGCGUGUUUUCUGAGUGAGGUUCGGUCCCCCUGCCCCCACCCUUACAGUCCACAGGGUUGAGGGAGGCAGUUUGUUCUUGCUUUAAGUCGAUUACAGAAAAAGACCACCUCGACCUUCCUAACCGCCAGGAGUACCCUGCGUCCCACCCCGUGUCCCCCAUGCUGCUGCUAAUGACAAUAUUACGACUUACUCUACUAUUCGAGAACUAUUUUUAUGUAAUUAAUGUAUGCUUUCUUGUUUAUAAAUGCCUGAUUUAAAAAGAAAAAAAGAAACCGCUUGGCAUAUUUAACUACUCCUGUGUACUUGUUAGUCCUUCGGUCCUGCCUCCCGCCGCCCUUUGGCACAGACUGCAGUAAAGGACUUGAGAGCGUCAGGCGGCCCGCUCAUGCCCCCAAGCCCCCUCCUGUGGACAGCUGAGUGGCGGGCGCUUGUCCCCCUCCUCUUACGGUCGUGUCGGGGUCCCCGAGCACUGAGCACAGGGAGGGGAGCUAAAGGAUUCUGUUGGCUGGCCACACUGUUGGUUUUUGGUCUCCGGAUGGUCUCCUGCAGGCCACCUGACAGGCAGUCCCUGACUGGGGGGCCCUAUCAGCCCCUGGUUCACAAGAAGCUGCAGGAGGUGUGUGCAGCACUUUUUGUGGUCUGCUCUCCUGCCCGAGGGUCAGUGGGAACCCCAGUGCUGGGAGGGGGCCCCCCUGGGGGCCUGGGGGCAGCUGUGAUUACAGCUUCCCCAGGGUGGGGCUGGCCUCCAGACAGACCCUGCCCCAGUUGACGGGGAAAAUCCCUCUCUCCCUAGGUGCAGAUCCCCAUCCAGGUCCCGGCUUGGGGGUUAGAGGGGCACACAGGAGGUCCCCCAGCAUCUCCCUCAGUCAUGGCCCAUCCACUUCUCUGAGCUCUCUCCCUGCCCUCCAGGCCCAGACCCUAACCCCCACCGGCUGCCCUUCAGGGUACCACCCAGAGCCAGGGACACAGGCUGCGCUGGGAGGAGUGGGUUAAGUGAGGGGGCUGAACCACCUCCAGGCUCCCUAGGGCCCUAAGUCAGACUGUGCAGUCCCACUCCUGCCUGGGAUCUAGGACUGUGAGGUAGCUGAUGGUGCAAGUGACAGGCCCAUCUCCACAGUGGGGACAGCUGAGGCCCCAAUGUCCUUUGCUUGUGGGGAGUCUGUGGCCAGUUGGGGUGCUUGCCGACCAGAGGUCUUGGCGCUGGCGUCUUGGAGGUCCAGUGGUAGCCUUCUCUGGGCUCAGCAACAUUUCCCAGGGCUCCAGGUUCAGCUUCCUGUUUCCCAGGCUGCCCCGAGACUCCCUGACCCUUGGGUACCGCUGAAUCUGUGCCGCACUGGAGGGUUCUGAGCACCCUAGCAGGCGGAACCGGCCGGCAGGGACUUCUUCCUCCCCCAGCCUUUUCCUGGCAGCACCUGCCUUUGGGCCAAGGGAGGAUGAGGGUGGGGAGGGCAAAGAGGCUCUCUUUCUAUCCUUGGGUUCCCAGCUCAGGGCUGCCAUGACCCAACCUCCCUGGCCCUGCCUCUGCGGCCUGCACCGCAGAGCCGCCCAGCCCAAGUGAGGCCUGUUUUCCAGGUGGAGCCUGCUUCCACACCACCCCUCUCCUCCGGCUUGGGAACCAAGAGCCCAGGGCAGAGGUGGCUGCUUGGGGAGUCCUGAGGCCAGCACUAACUCAGGACCCAACUCUAACGCCUAGUCGCCCUCCCUGCCCGCCUACAACUUUCACUUCCCCUGAGUCACCAGCAGCGGGGGGAGGGGACUUUGCCCAGGUCACAGGUCUCAGCUGUGCCUGGCUGUCUUCCACUGUCUUUUUCUCGUGGUGGCUUGCCUUCCUCCUGCCCGCUGUCAGCCCUGGUCCCUCACCUUCAGCCCCCGCUCCCGCCCACCCCGUGGUCAGGCCAGGCAGAUUUGGGGAGGCGGACCUAGGCACGCCCUCGUGGAAAGAGGAAGCCGCCGCCCAGCUAAGCAGCAGCUGGCUGCCUGUCCUUCCCCUGUCCUCGGAACCCGGGGGAUGGGCUAGGGGCUGCAGGGGUAGGGGGCUGUGGUGGGGACCACAUGGACUCCCCGCUUCCACCUGCCUAUAUCUUAGGGACUCCUCCUCAACCAGAAGGCUCUGCCCAGGAAGGGCCCCUGAGCUGGAAGUCCUCUAGGGCCUAGAAGGCUCCCCCACACCAGUGCUCCCCUCCACUGGGCUGUUCUGUCUUGGCCAGCCGAGGGCCCUCACCUGUCUCCCGGCCCACCAUGCCGAGACCCCACCCAGGCCUGGCUACCGCACACACCCUAGCCCCUCACCUCUGCCUGCGAAGUGUCGCCCACUUCCCUCCUGCCAGAAGCCACCUUCUCUCCACCCACCCCCAUUUCUGGCCAAGGGUAAGGCCAUGUACAUAGAGAGGACCCCCCCCCCCAAUUCUGCUCUCAAGGCUUCUGGGAAGGAAGCUGGUGGUCCUGUCCUGGGUAGCCUGGGGUCUGGGACCCCAUGGGGAAAAUGUGUGGCACCAGCUCCUGGGGGGCUGUCCCUCCUGGUCCCUCCCCCAGUA